ACGAACAAUUAUGCGCGAAAGUAUCGAAGACGAAGUUACACCUCUCGAAACCCUCGACUCUGUCAAAGACACAGCGGCUCUUCUCGGUGAUCAACCUCGGUUCGGAAAGACUGUUAGCUGGAGCGAUCUCCCAGCAUGGCUGCAAGACAAUGUCUACAUUACUGAUGGCUACAGACCUCCUAUGCCAAACUAUAAAGACUGUUUCAAUUCUCUUUUCUACCUGCACAAUGAAAGCGUGAAUAUCUGGUCUCACUUGUUGGCAUUUUUCGUCUUUAUUGGACUUGGAAUUUCAUUUUUGUGGAAUCAGCCAUUUGCAGACAGUCUGACACGAUUCGACUAUGCAUACUUUUUUGCAUUCAUCAUCGGUGCCUUGGUCUGCCUUGGUUUCAGUAGUAGUUUCCACUGUCUCUCAUGUCAUUCGGAGCCUGUUGCUGCUGCGUGGAACCGAUGUGAUUAUGCUGGUAUUACCAGUUUAAUUGUAGGAUCUUUCUUUCCUAUUAUUCACUAUGGUUUCCACUGCCACACUAGAAUUCAGACUUUUUACUUGGUGGUUAUUACUGUCUUGGGAUCCUUUACUGCUGCCAUUACUCUGAUGAAGCAUUUCAGAACUCCUGCUUAUAGAUGGAUCAGAACAUCCCUAUUUUUGGCCCUGGGACUAUUUGGUGUUGUACCCACACUUCACGGAAUAUAUAUUUAUGGCUUUGAUAGAGCUAUUCACACCGUUUCAUUGGCAAACCUGCUUCUAAUGGCAGUUAGUUAUGUCACCGGUGCCCUAAUCUAUGGUCACAGAUUGCCAGAACGAUACUACCCAGGCACAUUCAACAUCUGGUUUGCCUCUCAUCAAAUCUUCCAUAUCUUUGUUGUCAUUGCACUCAUUUCUCAUUAUCUUGGUGUCAUGAAGGCUAUGGAAUACUGGCACAAACAUGGCAAUAACGUUUGUCUAGAUUUCCAAUAAAAAUAAUAGCUGUUUCAUUUCUUUCAUUAUAAUCAUCAUCAUCAUCAUUUACUUUUUAUUCUUUCUUGUUGUUGUUGUAUAUCUCUUAUCUUCCACUCUCAUUCUCUGCUUGUGUAAAUUGUAAUAAAACCCUCCUUUUAUUAUUAUUAUUAUUCACUGAAAAUAAAAUGUUCACUACCAUUUUUAUU